AUGUCUUCCGAUUACAUUGGCGUCAGCCCAGCACCAGAAAUAGUGUUUGCUGAUGACUGGAACAUCCUAACGGCCCCCUUGGCUGUCGAGACAUUCGCUUUUGGUACGGGGCCUCCAAGAUCCGAUCCGAGCCUGUCAAAUAAACUUGCGCUCAGCCCCGUAGACUAUGAAGCUCUCAUUUACCUGAUUACUCUUCCGUUCAUUACCGAGACUGUCCUCUUGGGGAGUGCAACCAUGCUUUUUAUCACACUGUCCUAUUUUCUACUCAAGCGGGCAAAAAUGCAACAAUUUACCCACUCCAGUAACUUGGUGAUCAGGAUGGUUGUAUGUGUAAUGUAUAUAGCCAGCAUUCUUCACUGGUACAUCAACCUCCGCAUGAGCCGUGUAUGGAUAGGUUCAUUCAAGAGGCAUUGGAUUGUGACAUUUUCAACAACGUGGUAUGACGUCGCGGAGCUCUCCCUUGUUACCAUCAACAUUACCCUCAGUGAUUCCAUCGUACUCUGGCGCAUGUGGAUCAUUUGGGAGAAAAGGCGCUGGUCUAUGAUACUGUCGGUCGUGCUGAUAUCGCUGACAAUGGCGUUCUCUAUUGCCAAUGUCAUCAGUAACACGCGAACCUCUCCCCUCCCUACCCUCGCUGUGCAGGUAUUGCCAACAUUCAGUUACAACAUCUGGGGACUUGUGACCAGCUGCUCCUCCAUGGCGAGUAAUCUCAUUGCUACUGGGCUUAUAGCAUACAAGGGAUGGUCGGUUUGUCCAUUAAGAUUCUCGUCCAUUGCGACUAAGGUUGCUCUCAGGAAGCAUCGCAGGAUGAUCAAGCAAAGCCUGAUAGAGGGUUCCACUCGUACUAUUGCCGAGAGAGCCCUGAGUAUUCUCAUAGAGUCGGGUGCUUUCUACUGCUGCUUCUGGAUUGUGUGGGUCACGGUCUCCAUGUACAACGCUUUUUGUCCGCCGCACACGGGGUUCACCAACGUAACCUCCAUGGAGCAGCUUGAGAGCAAUAUGGACACCGCUAUGGCGCAGAUUAUGGCAAUCUAUCCGAUGCUGAUAUUAAUCCUCGUUGCCCUAGAACGAACCAGUUGCAAUCGCAAUUUCAGCUCAGGCUCAUCGAUAGGAGUCGGAAGGGCUCAGAUCACUCCUAACCAGGUCCUACAUAUUACCAUUGGUGAUACACCCGCUUCCGAGGGCAAGCACUGCGAAGGAGCCGGCGCAAGGGAGUGCGGACACACGGAUACACUCUCAAUCACAAGUACGGUCGGAGUGGACGACGAGGAUCAACGUUAA